UGAGAAGCGCCUGAGAAAAAUAUAUUAGCAAAUUAUUAACAAAAUACAAAUAUUUUAUUGUUCAAUCAGGCACUAAUAUUGAUUUUAAGUGUAUAAAUUUUUAUUUCAAUUAUGGCUGUGAGAAACAGAAACCAUUUAUUGCUCAGCGUUAUAAUAACUUUUUUCUUCUACCAAACAAGUGAAGCUGUGAAGUGCUUCCACUGCAACAGCGCGAACAACUCGGCGUGUCUGGAUCUCCACCUGCAGAAGAUGCACGCCAUCAUCCCAAUAGUGGACUGCGCCAAGUCGCUGCCCAGCUCGCUUACCAAGGACGGGUUUUUCUGCAGAAAGAUCACUCAGACUAUCCUCCACGUGGACAAGACACCCGAAGUUCGGAUCACUAGAGGCUGCGGCUGGAUAAAGCACAAACGUGAAUGCUACAAGAAUGACAAUAAGGACCAUUUAGAGACAGUAUGCCAGUGUUUUGGAGACAUGUGCAAUGGCGCCAACGCGCGGGAAAUCGAACUGUCAGCUGUUGCCGCGGUCGCCAUCUUGACGACCUUCAGGACAUGGCGGGGAAUUUGAAUUUUGGAAUAUUUACUUUUUCUAAUUAAAAUUUUUUAAACAGCCAGCAACAGAAUUUAUUAUUUAAAUUAUUUUUUGGGACUGAUAAAUGGACUUUUCAGGGAUGUGAAAUGACAGUAUAAAAGUACCUUCAAUAUUUAUUGUAAGAUGUUACUAUCGAAUAAAAAUUACGAAUUUGUUUUA